GACGCUCGGACGGCUUGGUGCGGCUGCCCUGCCGCAGCAAGGCAGACAGACAGGAGAUGCUACGAGAACAAGAGAAGCUCAAUGCGAGGCUUGUGAGAGAUGGCAGAAUCGAGGAUCACAUUGACUUCCUGCAGAGCCGGAAGGUGUGUGCCAUGUUGCAGGUCACUGGGAGCGCCAAAGUUGUGCUGAAUGACCGGCAAGAGACAAAGGCAGAGCUGCUACUGGAGGGUGGUCAGAUCCUGGUGUUUCGCCACGAUCAUCUGAGCUUUUCGUACGAAGGCCUCACUUCGGACUCUGGCAUGCCUUCGUGCAUUCAGACCUGGAUCCUCUCAACAGGCUACAGUGCAGAACUGCAGGCAGCCGUUGGGAACUUGGCUGAGGCUGACCUCGCCAUGGGGGUGAUGAGUGGACCACUGUCACCGGUGAAUCCGAAGACAGGAAAAACCGUGAGCGUCAUGGCGGUGGACUGCAUGUUAGCAGGAAACGGUGUGUCACCAGAGCAGUAUUGGAGCAUGCUUUCAGUGGGCACCGAUGGAUGUCGACACCUGUCGUCUCUGCGUUGGGACUCGGGGCCUUACUUUGAGGCUGACAAGGACAUGGCGCUCGGAAAAUACUAUUCCAACCACGGUGGCUUUGUGAUGGAGGAAUAUCUCAUGGGCUUUGACUCUGGCUUCUUUGGAGUGACCGAAUCCCAGGCGUUAUUGAUGGAUCCGAUUCAACGGAACUCACUGGAAGUUGGUUAUUCGAUCCUGUUGAAAGCUGGAUGGAAUCGACAUCGCUUGAGGGAUGCCAACAUUGGUGUCUAUCUUGGAAACUGCGGCACGGAUUGGGGGACAGUGAAGAAUCCAGCUCAGUUGCUGGCAGGCAGCAGUGAGGGGAUUCUGGAGAACCUGGCUUCCCAAUCUGCCCACGUGACGAGCACCAGGUUAUCCUACACCUUCGGCAUGCGAGGUCCCAUCAGUUCUUCGGAUACUGCCUGUUCUUCCUCCUUAGUGGCGACUGGUUCAGCCCACAAUGCCAUGAGGCCGGUGGAUCCCGGCCAGGGCAAGGCCACCUGCUGCGGCGUGGAACAUGCCCUGGUGCUGGGAACCAAUGCCUUGCUCGGGCCCUAUUCCUGGAUCGGCCUGUGUGGCCCCAAGAUGCUUUCGGUGAAGGGCCGGUGCUUCACUUUCGAUUAUGGGGCGGAUGGAUUUGGGCGUGGAGAAGGGACCAGUGGCCUUUUCGCCGAAGUGACCCACAAAGAACCCGUGGAACGCCUCGCCAUCUUCUGUGGUACCUGUGUCAACCAAGAUGGAAGGAGUGCUUCCAUGACAGCACCCCAUGGGCCAUCACAGCAGGAAUGCAUUCGAGCUUCUUUGAAGGAGGCGAACGUCACACCUACAGACAUCAGGGUGGCCGAACUCCAUGGAACUGGCACUGCUCUGGGAGAUCCCAUUGAGGUUGGAGCUCUGCGAGGAGUCAUGAAGGACAGGAGCUCUCCGAUCGUGAAGACGAGUGCCAAGUCGAACUUGGCCCAUGGAGAAGCGAAUGCAGGGAUGGCAGGUUUGGUCAAGUGUGUCAUGAUGCUGAGCCACAGCUGCGUAGCUCCCAAUGUGCAUUUCUACUCGUUGAAUCCUCACUUGGACUUGAAUGGCUAUCCAUGCCAGAUUUCAGGCGAGAUGCUGGAGCUUGGAACCACCAGUGGCUACGCCGGUGUCUCCUCCUUCGGAUUUGGUGGCACCAAUGCGCGCGCGGAUAUCUGGGGAAAGGCUCGUGUGGGGAUGAGAAAAAUUCACAAGCUGGACUUGAACAUGCUAGAAAAUGUCUAUGUCCGCUGCCCGAAAUGCUUGGGUGGUAUGGAGUGGAAGAGUGGCUGUGCGGAGCCAUCCAGGCGUCCCAAAGGCCAGGGCUAUGGCCGACAGAGAGCCUCGUGCGUUCGAGAUGAGUUUGACAGCUAUGAGUUUUGCAGCCUGUGCUACGAGGGUUCCUAUGCCUAUGGCAGUCCACCUCCAGCGGAGGAGCCGCUACCAGCAACUGGCAAGCUCUACAUCAAAGGCACCUGGACGGCUUUCAGCAAGUUCGAGGAGAUGACGGAGAAGGAUGGUGCUUUUCACUUUCAACUGCGCCUGGGUGAGACGCGUUGCGAGCGCUUCUAUGUGGCAUUGGACAAAAAGGAAGAUCAGGCCAUUUUUCCGUGGCAUCCAUCAGGAGAAGCAGAUGUACGUGUGAAAGGGCCAUGUAAAAUGGAGCCGGGGCACUACUUUUUCAUCGAUGGAAGAGAUGAGGAGUGGCCAGAGGGAUCCCUGGUGUCGGUGAUCGCUUGGUUCGAGGGUGAGCAGAAGCGGAAGAUCAUCUGGCAGAGACAAGUGGAAGAGGGAGGACCUCGAGAGAUGCCGUCCUUUCAGCACAGCUACCAGGUGUUGGGCUCGUUGACGCAGAUGAAGAUGAUCCCCAUGAAGGCCACCAGAGGUCUUCGGAACGUCUUUGAGUAUUCCACGCGCUUUGGGCUGCAAAGCUACGAAACCUUCCAGUUUGUUCGUGACAACGACCGGGAUCAGACCAUCUACCCUGCGAGGACGAUGCCGAAAAGUACCAGUGUGCCGGUGCGAGGCCCCGAUGCGGCUGGCAGUAAGAACUUCUUCGCAGUCAGCGGACGGCAGGGAGAGCGGCUGCAAUUGCGCCUGGAGGUGGCUGAUGGACAUGUGGUGGUCUCUGCCAUUGUUUCAUCCGCCACCCGUACCUGGCACAGCCAAGAGGGGCGAAACCGUCGCCGCUACUAUGUGGCAGGCAACUGGGCGGAGCGCGGGAUUUUGAUGAGCCAAGACUCGGAGAAUCCCGACAGGUACUGGGCAAAGAUGACGAUGGCUUCUAGAUCUGGCCGUGCUGAGUUUCAGAUUUGGAUGGAUGAGGAUCCGCAUCGCGCCCUCUUUCCGGAGGCGCCCAACAGCAGCAGCGGCGGCUGCAUGCUGGCUGGGCCUGGCGUCUCUGACAAUAAAUUUGUGAUUGACGGCUAUGCAGGAACAUCUUUCGAAAUUUGUCUUGAUUUAAAAAGUAGCCACAAGUGGCGGACGGUCACUUGGACGAAGCUUCCUGAUCAAGUAGCGCUGUGGUGAAACGCUGCGAUGCUGAAAUCAGCAACAUCACCCGCUUGCAGUGGGUGAUCUACGCUUGCUUUUUCUUUUUUGCAGGUCAAAAUGGCAUGCAAACACGACGUCACUGUAGAGCAGUGUAGGAAGUUUCGUGGUGCCCCGGGCACAUCUUCCAGUUCCGUCG